UCAUUUUCUUUCUUCCUUGCAUAUACAUAUACAUAUACACAUACACAAAAGAGAAGCAGCAAAAGAGGUAACUGGAAUUUCACGCACGACCGCCAUGACUGCUCAUCUUCUUCAACCAGCUUCUUCAAUCCUGAUACUCACUCUUCUUCUCUGCGCAACAAUGGCGUCCAGCGACUGCACGUGCGACCACGAGUCAACAUCAUCCGAUCAUAAAUCUUCAGCACUAGCAUACAAACUAGGUUCCAUAGCAAUAAUUCUCGUAGCCGGCGGCAUCGGAGUCAGCAUCCCGUUGUUGGGGAAGAAGAUGAUUCCGACCUUAAAUCCAGAAAACGAUAUAUUCUUCAUGGUGAAAGCAUUUGCCGCAGGUGUUAUUCUGGCAACUGCGUUUAUUCAUAUCCUCCCAGAUGCUUUUGAGAACUUGACGUCAUCUUGUUUGGGAGAUCAUCCGUGGCGGAGUUUUCCGUUCACUGGUUUUUUUGCUAUGGUUUCCGCCAUCGGAACUUUGAUGAUUGACUCUUUGGCUACUGGGUAUUACAGGAGACAACAUUUGAAGAAGCCUAAACAGGUUAGUGUUGCAGAUGUUGAUGAGGAGAGGAUGAACAUAGAUGAACAGACAGGUGCUGGUCAUGUUCAUGGUCAUGGUCAUGGUCAUCAUGAGUCUGUCUCACCAUCGCAGGAACUGGGUCUCCCGGAGGUAAUCCGACGCCGUAUUGUAUCGCAGGUACUGGAGGUAGGAAUCGUGGUGCAUUCAGUGAUAAUUGGGGUAUCUCUGGGUGCUUCAGUCAGAUCUGAUACCAUAAGGCCUCUCAUGGUAGCUUUGUCUUUCCAUCAAUUUUUUGAAGGGAUGGGACUCGGAGGCUGCAUUUCUCAGGCAAAAUUCAAGUCUCGAUCUACAGCGAUAAUGGCAAUAUUUUUCUCACUAACAACGCCUGUGGGAAUUGCAAUUGGAAUAGGAAUUUCAAGCAUUUACAACACCAACAGCGCGGCAAGUAUGGCGGUAGAAGGUGUUUUCAAUUCGGCUUCAUCUGGAAUCUUGAUUUACAUGGCUCUUGUUGAUUUACUAGCUGCAGAUUUUAUGAACCCUAGAUUACAAAAUAACUUAAGACUACAAUUAGGAGCUAAUUUUUCACUUUUACUAGGAACUGGCUGCAUGUCUGUACUGGCAAAAUGGGCUUGAAUAAUCACUUCCAAUUUUGGCUCUUUAGGUGAAUAAUCUCAUUUUAAAUACUUGCCAUCUAUUAAUUAUCACUAAUUCUCAAAAUUAGUGAAUCUUUUCUUAACAUGCAAACAACA